GGCCUUCUUCUUGCGUCACUUCCGAUUCCUCCUUUUCCUGGCGGGUGAUUUGAACGUUUGCAGGCACAAACUUCCCGUUUGGCGCGAGCCUAAGUUGGAGACCGAGGUGAGACUGAGCCGGAUCAUAGACAUGUCGGAGCGGCGAACGCGGUCCGGAGGGGCCGCCCAGCGGUCUGGGCCCAGGACUCCAUUUACUAAGUCUUCGAAGAGGUCCCACCGGAAAUCUGGCUCAGAUCUCCCAAACAUCUUUCCUGAAGUCUGGCCGAAGACACCUCAUGCGGCUCCAGUAAGAAAGGCCAUCAUCUUGAAGAAGAUCGUGGCUCAUGCAGUAGAGGUCCCAGCUGUCCACACACUUCGAAGGAGUCCUAGGAUCUCUUUUAUCUUGGAAAAAGAAAACAACCCUCCUCUCAAGGUACCCACAAAGGAGGACCUCUUCAAGACCUGUAGUGUCCCUGUUACCCCCGCCAGCACCCCAGUACUAUACGCUCAUAACGUUGAGUCUAACUCUGGGGAAGGAGAGCUGGACACCAGAGACUUGGAAAUGUCCCAGAAAGUCAGGCGAUCAUACAGUCGGCUUGAGAGACUCAAUACUGCCUCAACCUCCACCCCUGGCCGCCGAUCCUUUUUUGGCUUUGAGGGACCUGAAGACUUGCCCCAAGUCUCACCCGUCAUGUGUUCAAAGUUAACUGAGAUCCCAAAAGUAUCUUCGAAGCCCUUGGUUCCAGACACAACGCUUCCUGGAAUCUCUCCUCCAGUUGUGAAAGAAAAACGAAGGAAGAAGGUGCCAGAGAUCCUGUCUCCCACAGGCAAACUGAGUGCCCACUCCAAGCAGGCCUUGAAAACAGUAAUGCAGCCUGCUGAGCCAAAGCUAGGAGAACCUGAGGCUGAGGACUCCAGGGAGCCCAUCAUGGAGCCAUCUUCAGAGCAAAAGUUGGACCUGCAGUCAGAACCCACUGUCACAUUCCUGUUCACACUCCUGAACACUCCUGAGCCCAAAGAUGCUGAAUCGGACACAGAGACACUGGAGCACCGGUUCCUGGGUCAGGAAGACUGGGGCCCGAAGCGUACUUCAGAGGAGAUACAGAAUUUGCAGAGGGACUGCAUGAGGCUUCAGGAGGCACUUAACACCAACCAACAGGACAACCUGGUCCUUGAAGAGAGGCUACAAAACCUGGCUACCACACUGUACGAGAACUUGGAGGACACUCUGCUCACUCCAAAGAACUAUAGCGUCACCCAGAAGACAGCUGAAGUCUCUCAAGAGGAAGGGGGUCACCCAGGAGAAAGCAGGGGUCACCCAGGAGGAAGCAGGGGUCACCCAGGAGAAAGCAGGGGUCACCCAGGAGGAAGCAGGGGUCACCCGGGAGGACACAAAGGACACCCGGGAGGAACCCUUGGCUUUUGGGCAGCUGAAGAGGGCUUCUGCCCAGCGCUACUCCCUUGAGCCUCCCAUACCUUUGCCAGUAGCCACCCCAUUCUCAGAAGAUAGUGUCUCACAAGAACAGCAAUCAGCCCUGGCCAGGCCUGAGGCCAGAGAAUGGACACCUCUUCAGGAGGUGGUUCCACCAGUCAGCCCCGCUUUAAGCCCCAGCAAUAAAGAUCCACACUGAGUUGCA